UUCUCCCAAUGAAUGUAUAAAUCAAAAUAUUACACUUAAGACGUAUUAAAUAACACGUUCUAUUAGAAUAAUAAUACUACAAAUCCCGAGACGGUAUGGUAUAACGAUAACAAUGUAUGUAUGAUUAUGCAUGUGUUUUAUUUUACAGAACGUUUACUGCUGUAGACCAAAAGAUAACUUUAAAAAGAAAACCUUUGAUGCGUCGGAAGAUGAUUAAUGUGACAACCGUCGUCAUCGCCGUCCCUCUGUUGCUGGUCACCACGCACAUGGCGCUGACUGACGGUGACAUUAGUGACAGCGGUGUUGGUGAUAGUGAUGGUAGCGGAAUAUGCCGGCCACUGACAGGUUUGCCAAUUGCUCGGACCAUGAUGAAUUCAAGUCACAACAAAUCGAGAUGAUCAAAGCGUCGAUACUGAAAAAGCUGGACAUGCAGCAGCCACCGGCUUUCAGUGGCCGGCUACCGCCUCGGAUACCUACCGAUCUGCGGCCAAAAUUGAAUGCACAAGUACAAGGCUAUCUCAGUGGCACUGACAUGCAUAGGGACAACAUGGCCAUCAACGGCGAUGGCUGUCACGUUAAGACACACCAUAUCAUAACGUUCGCUCAGCCGCAUUUAAUGAUGCAAAAACGCCGGAAGCUACAGAACCGAAAUCUACUCUAUUUUACGAUCUCCGAGCAAAAGGGUCAAAAUCCGAUCACCAAAGCGAUCUUGUGGCUGUACAAGAGACGGUGGGACGUGGUCAAUGACGAUUCGGUGGCCAUUAUCGAUGUAUUCAGAAUCAAUCCAAACAACAUGCACCAGUUGUUCGUUUCUAGUAUAAAGCGCGCAAUGAACACCGUCGAAUUGAGCUGGGUGCCCAUUCAGCUACAGAGACGCAUUUCGUCCGACUGGCUCAAGACUACUGAUGGGGCUAAAAACCUGACGCUAAUGGUGGAUGUAUACUACCUGAACAAAAACACCACGCUCUUCAGGACACCCUUCGUAACGGACGCCACAGAAAGACAAAACAUGACCGUGAUACCGUACUUGGAGUGGCAAAUUCGGGAGGACCAACAGUUCCGGGCUAGGCGGUCCACGUUCGGAAAAUACUGGCUGAACUGCAAUGAAACGUCCGCGGUGACCCAAUGCGGCCGGUAUCCUCUGAUAGUCGACUUUGAGGAGUUGGGCUGGGAUUGGAUUAUCGCGCCCAAAAAGUUCGAAGCCAAUUACUGUAUGGGCGAGUGUUCAUCGGAGUUAUCGAAAUAUAACAAUCACACGCAACUCUCCCAGCUCACCAACAAGUCGGUUGCGCACGCCGAUCCAUGCUGCACCCCUGAUAAGCUGUACGACAAACUCGUUUUGUACCACGACGAGGACUUCAACAUCAUUGUUAAAUCUUUACCCAACAUGGUGGUAAACAGUUGCAACUGUAAUUAAUAGUAGCUAGUCGACAGCGCGCACACACAAAAGCACGUAAUCAGGAUUUUUUUCAUUUUUGGGGAGAAGAGCUUUCCCUUUAGGUAAUAAAAAAAUGAUAUGCUAGUCACACUUUAUUUCGUACAUUCACAUUUAUAU